GGUGGGCGCCUAUAAGUUUUUUUUCAGACUGGCUCCUAUAAGUUGCUUUUGAGAGUUUAGUUUUUGGGAUGGUUAGAGAUGCUCUCAAAUUACACACGCGAGGGGUAUUUAGGGAGACGAGCAUGGGAGAGAUCUCAUUUGGUUGAGUGUUGGGGUUAAACUAUGGUUUACCUAGAAACUAGCCUAUGCUUUCUCAACAGCAAAGAACAACUGUGAGAUUAUUGAACGGUCAUGUAGAUUAGCCUUUCAUCAGACAUGUGGCGUGCGUUGGCUAUGACGAUGGCCAAUACGACCGUGUUCCAGUGGAAGACAAAAAAUAGUCGGAAUCUCAUUCUGCUUUCCAUUUUUAUCUUUUUUUAGGGGUUGCUUUCCAUUUUUAUCUGAUCGUUAGCAUUUCUUACCACAACCAUCCAAUUGUAUGUUUCCUCAAAAAGGGCUAUCUCGUACGUGUUCAUCAUACGUCACAAAUUUGUAAAAAUGUAUUUGAGAUGAGAUAGUGGCCAGCCCAUCGAUCAUGCUUGACACAUCGAUCUAUCAUCACCUUGCCCACUCGCCUUCUCCCCAGUACUGCUCCACUCAGCUACUAAAGACGCCAGUGGCGUGUGCAGCCACCUCUACAACGCCCUCUUCCUCCUCUCCGUCGCCACCGCGGAGGGAAAAGCUAGGCCGGCCGUCGCGUCCAUCGACGCUGAGCGACGAGCAAGUUGCGUGAUUUGUCGACCAGGUCCCUGACCACGAAACCACGGAUCAGCUCCUAGCAGGUUUCGGCUUCUUCCAACUUGUGCAUGCCCUCUGCCUGGCGAUCGAGCAAGAGCUGACAACCGGCUGCAGCGAUCGAUGGCCGUGGACGCGGGGCCGCGGGACUGGAGGACGCCGGCGUCGAUGGUGCUGGUGCAGCUGUUCAUCACGGGGAUGCUCCUGCUGUCCAAGGUCUCCAUCGUCGCCGGCAUGUUCAUCUUCGCGCUCCUCGCCUACCGCAGCUUCCUCGGCGCCGCAUUCAUCCUCCCCUUCGCGCUCAUCUCCGAAAGGGACAAGUGGAGGGAGAUGGGUUGGCACGCCACAGGAUGGAUCUUCCUCAAUGCUUUCAUCGGGUACGCGGUGCCAAUGAGUCUACUCUACUAUGGCCUCAGUGAUACAACCCCAUCUUAUGCCGUCAUCUUUGUAAAUAUGAUCCCACUGUUCACCUUCGUUCUCUCGCUCGUCUUCAGAAUGGAGGCGCUGCAAAUCUGGAGCAUAGCUGGAUUGCUGAAGAUCGUAGGUGUUCUACUCUCUGUGGGAGGCACGAUGUUGCUUAGCCUUUACAAGGGCAAGACGCUGCACCUGUGGGAUCCUAUCAUUGUGAACCACCACAAGGAACGUCAUGUGGCUGAGGUUGCAGGCAAUCACUUACGAGGGACAAUAUUCUUGGUAGGCAGCAGCUUCACAUUUGCUUGCUGGUACCUGAUUCAGUCAAAGGUUCUCAAGGUGUACCCAUACAAAUACUGGUCGUCCAUGACAACAUGCUUGGUUGGAGGACUUCAGACAUCACUAGUUGGAAUACUAUUGAGAAGAGACAAGAACACAUGGAAGCUAGGAUGGGAUCUGAACCUUGUGACCAUUAUAUACUCGGGUGCACUUGCAACGGCAGGGAGAUAUAGUCUGAACUCAUGGGUCGUGGCCAAGCGAGGCCCAACAUACCCUCCCAUGUUCAACCCAUUAUCUCUAGUGUUUACAACUUUGUUAGACUCCAUCUUCAUAGGCGAUGAAAUUACAGUAGGAAGCCUACUCGGUACAACAAUGGUGAUUGUUGGGAUCUACAUUUUCUUGUGGGCCAAAUCAAAAGAAGUGCGGGACAAAUAGACCUUACCGGGUGGUGGAAGAGUUCUUGUAGCUACAAAAGCUAUGAAAGCUGUACAUGUAUACCAUAUGUAGAACAAUUAUUAUUUUCUUUUCUUCUGUUGAAAGACGUUACCAUAUUUUCCAUACGAACCCAUAUUGCGCUAUCACGAGUAUACGAAACAGAAAAAAGUGCAUCAUCCAUGUGCCACAAAUAGUUUGCUACCACCUACUGCUAAUAGGACAUGUACUAAGUUAUGAUUAGAAGAAAGGAAGAAACAUGACGAUUACUAGCUAUUGCAACAACAUAAGAAGGAUGCAAUCAAAAGAUUGUUUACGGUCACCGACAAUUGUUUUAUUGGAGAAGAUUGUUUUGAAGCCCUCAUCGGUACAGAGUUAACAUUGAAAAUGAAUUUUCAACUGAGAGGAUAUGAGUUGCAAAUAAUUUUUAUUUAUGAGAUUAGCUUUUAAAUUCAUCGAUGCCAUCAUGCUUAUUUUUUCUUGUGUGUACCUCUAAUCCUGUAUCUGUAACUAGCAAUGCCUGCAUUACCACGCCAUGAGAUCUUGUUGCAUGCAAGGAGAACUUUAGCGAUGCUGGAUAGAUACAUUAUGUUAAUUGUUUUCUUUAAAAUUCAUAGUGUUUCUGUUAAAUUGCAAUGUAUUCUCGUAGUCGAAGGUUAUCAAGUUACAUAGGACGAGAUCGAAACCUUGUGACAAUCUUGUAUUUAGUGAGUCGGUAGAUAUUGUGAACAACUACGAAAACUAGACUACAACUUGAGAUACAUUUGAAUAUAAGUAUCUCAAAACCUUUUUGAAAUUGGGCAUUAAACUAAAUCAUUUGGUAACCGAAACACAUGGGUGAAAAGAAAUAUCCAGUAGAAAAUUAACAUGGAGUUAUUUGUUUUUUUAGCAUCUGCUUUCUUUAUUAAAUGUAAAUGUUCGUAGGGAUACAUAUGAUAUCGGGCAAAAUUGCAAGCAAAACAUGGCGCCUGGAAGAACGAGAGGAAGCCGCUUCGGCAAGGGCAUGCGCCACUUUGUUGUGUUGUCGCUUCUCGUGGAUGAACAUGAGGGCUCACAAAGUGCUCCGCUGGUGCUUGAUCUCCCUCAAAAUAGUAACAUAUCGGCAGGGGGGGCUUCAGUAUCUAUGUUCGCCACAUCUGAAUCUCAUUAUCUCAAAACAUUUUUGAAAUUGGUUCAUCAGCCAAUAAACUAAAUCAUUUGGUAACUAAAACACAUGGGUGAAAAAAAAAUAUCCAGUAGGAAAUUAACAUAGAAUUAUUCGGUGUAGGGUGCACAUGGGAACCUCCCAUUCCUUGACCUAUGUGGUGAAUAGUGAGAAAACACGCACUCCGCUCUCCCCCACCCCCAUGCUAGCUUUGGACCAGCCCAUAUGCUGUAUUUUUCUUUUUAUUUCUUAUUUCUUAUUUCUUGUCUAUGUAUUUUUACUUCUUUAAAAAAAUGUUUGAGAUUUUAAAUGUCCAGCAUUUCAAAAAGUGUUCUAAAUUCCAAAAAAAUUACAGAUUUGAAAAAUGUUCCUAGAAUUAGAAAAAUAGAAAUAUGAAAAAGGUAUAAUUUAAAAAAGUGUUCAUGAAUUAGAAAGUGAUCUUGG